AUGGUCGAACUGGAGAAGGAGGUGCUCCCGCUGCCCCCUCGGUACCGGUUCCGAGACCUGUUGCUCGGGGACUGGCAGACCGACGACAGGGUGCAGGUAGAGUUCUAUGUGAAUGAGAACACUUUCAAGGAGCGCCUCAAGCUGUUCUUCAUCAAAAACCAAAGAUCCAGUCUGCGGGUGCGAAUGUUCAACUUUGCACUCAAAGUGCUGAGCUGCCUCCUCUACAUUGUCAGAGUCCUGUUGGACAAUCCGCAAGACAAAAGACAUGACUGGAAACUGAUCAUCUGGGUGGAUAGACCUCUACCGCUGUGGGCACUGCAGGUCCUUGUGGCUUUCAUCAGCUUUUCUGAAACUAUGUUGCUCGUGUAUCUCAGCUACAAGGGCAACGUUUGGGAGCAAGUAUUACGUGUCCCCUUCAUUCUGGAGAUGAUCAGCGCCGUUCCCUUCAUGAUCACUGUGAUUCUGCCCUCCUUCAGAAAUCUCUUCAUCCCUGUAUUUCUGAACUGCUGGCUGGCCAAGCACGCUUUGGAGAACAUGAUAAAUGAUCUCCACAGGGCGAUCCAGCGAACUCACUCAGCCAUGUUUAACCAGGUGGUGAUACUCAUCAGCACACUGGUCUGUCUCAUGUUUACGUGCAUCUGUGGUAUCCAACACCUUGAACGAGCGGGCAACAACCUGACCUUGUUCGACUCGCUCUACUUCUGUGUGGUCACCUUCUCCACGGUGGGCUUUGGAGAUGUAACGCCCCAGAUCUGGCCUUCACAGCUCCUGGUGGUCAUCAUGAUCUUUGUGGCACUCAUCGUGCUUCCCAUCCAGUUUGAGCAGCUGGCCUUUCUGUGGAUGGAGCGUCAGAAGUCCGGGGGGAACUACAGCCGCUACAGGGCGCAGACGGAGAAACACGUGGUGCUAUGUGUCAGCUGUCUCAAGAUCGACCUCCUCAUGGACUUCCUCAAUGAGUUCUUCGCUCAUCCCCGACUACAGGACUACUACGUGGUGAUCUUGUGCCCAGCAGAAAUGGAUGUCCAGGUUAGGAGAGUCCUUCAUGUCCCUUUGUGGGCCCAGAGAGUCAUCUACCUGCAGGGGUCUGCCCUCAAAGACCAAGACCUGAUGAGGGCAAAGAUGGACGAUGCUGAGGCCUGCUUUAUCCUCAGUAACCGGUUUGAAGUGGACCGCAUUGCCGCCGAUCAUCAGACCAUCCUCCGAGCCUGGGCAGUGAAAGACUUCGCUCCAAAUUGCCCCCUGUAUGUCCAGAUUCUCAAGCCAGAGAACAAGUUCCACGUCAAAUUUGCAGAUCAUGUGGUAUGUGAGGAAGAGUUUAAGUAUGCCAUGCUGGCUUUAAACUGUGUGUGCCCUGGUACCUCAACACUCAUCACUCUAUUGAUCCACUCCUCCAGAGGACAGGAAGGCGGUGCCUGCUCAGCGGACCAAUGGCACCGAACCUACCGUCGCUGCUCAGCCAAUGAGGUGCAUCACAUCCGCCUGGAGGAAAGUAAAUUCUUUGGGGAAUACCAGGGCAAGAGUUUCACCUUUGCCUCCUUUCAUGCUCACAAAAAGUAUGGAGUGUGUUUGAUUGGAGUACGCAGACUGGACACCACCAACAUCCUGUUAAACCCUGGUCCCUGCCACAUCAUGGGAGCCUCUGACAUAUGCUUUUACAUCAAUAUCUCCAAAGAGGAGAACUCAGCAUUUGUGAGGGGCCAGCGGGAGCCAUCAUGGGGCGGCAUGGGAGGAAAUACCAGGGGAGUCCACCAAACCAUCUACCAUGGACUCACCCGCCUGCCAGUGCACAGUAUCAUCGCCAGCAUGGGCACAGUGGCCAUUGACCUGCAGGACUCCAGUGACAGCAGCCCAGAAGGCCAGGACCAGGGGAGUGCGGGGUUGGGCAGCGGAAGAGGAAGCCGUAGCAGCUCCAGGGCAGAGAUGGGAGGCGCUAACACUUUGGCCUUACCUGCCAUGGGAGAAUCCACUGAGGAGAGGCGGCACAGCAUCGCCCCUGUCUUAGAGUUGGUAGAUGGCGUCAACCCCACCUUUGACCUGCUGGGAGACCAGUCAGAGGAUGAGGGAGGAGAGGAAGGCAAGGAGGACAGUGAUAAAGAUGAGAGCGCCCACUGGUGGGUGAAGGGGUACCCACUGAACUCUCCAUACAUUGGCAGCUCUCCAGCGCUGUGCCACCUUCUUCAGGAAAAGAUGCCUUUCUGCUGCCUGCGCAUGGAUAAGGCUUGUCACCAUAUCCCUUUUGAGGAUGCUCGCUCCUAUGGCUUCAAAAACAAACUGAUCAUUGUGUCAGCGGAGAGCGCAGGGAACGGUCUAUACAACUUCAUUGUGCCUCUACGGGCCUACUACCGACCCAGGAAAGAGCUCAACCCCAUUGUUCUGCUGCUGGAGAGCAUACCUGAAGCAGACUUCCUGGAGGCAAUCUGUUGGUUCCCUAUGGUGUUCUACACAGUGGGCUCCAUCGACAAUCUGGACAGUUUGCUGCGAUGUGGAGUGACUUUUGCUGACACAAUGGUGGUGGUUGACAAGGAGAGCUCCAUGAUUGCAGAGGAGGACUACAUGGCUGAUGCAAAGACCAUUGUCAAUGUCCAGACCCUCUUCAGACUGUUCCCAGCUCUUAGUAUCAUCACUGAGCUCACACACCCAGCCAACAUGCGCUUCAUGCAGUUCAAAGUCAAAGACCACUACUCUCUGGCCCUGUCCAAAUUGGAAAAGAAGGAAAGGGAGAAGGGGUCCAACUUGGUAUUUAUGUUCCGCCUGCCCUUCGCUGCAGGGAAGGUGUUUAGUGUCAGCAUGCUGGACACACUCCUCUACCAGUCAUUUGUGAAGGACUACAUGAUCUCCAUCACCAGGCUGCUGCUGGGUUUAGACUCCAUGCCCGGCUCAGGUUUCCUCUGUGCUAUGAGAAUCACAGAGGAUGACUUGUGGAUCCGAACCUACGGCAGGCUCUACCAGAAACUGUGCUCCUCCACAGGAGACAUUCCCAUAGGCAUCUACCGAACUGAAGCCCACAAGCUUCCAGUCUCUGAGUCCCAGGUUUCCAUCACAGUGGAAGACUACGAGGACACCAGAGAACCCAGAGAGCCCCUGUUGUCAAGGAGUGGCACUCACCGCAACUCCACCUCCUCUGAGCCCAUCUCAACCUCCUCCCACUCCUCUGACCACCCGUUGCUCAGGAGGAAGAGCAUGCAGUGGGCACGGCGGCUGAGCAGAAAAGGAGGUCGGAGCUCCAGCGGGGCUAAGGGGGCUGCGGGCAGCGCGGCAGAGAGGAUCAGCCAGCAGAGACUGACCCUGUUCAGGCGCUCGGAGAGGCAGGAACUCAACGCCCUGGUGCGAACGAGGAUGAAACAUUUGGGCCUUUCACCCACUGGAUUCAAUGGGAUGACAGACCAAGGGAACAGACUCUCUUACAUCCUCAUCAACCCUUCUCCAGACACCAGACUGGAGCUGCACGAUGUUGUGUACCUGAUCAGACCAGACCCCCUCUCUCUGGUACCCAAUCAAGGGAGCGGCAGGAAGUGCAGCGCUGGGCUCGCAGAGAGCCACAGGUUCGACACGCAAGACAGCACCCACCUGUGAGAGACAAACAAACAAAACAAGAAAAGACAAAAAUACUGUCAAAACACUGCCAGAAAGGAGAGAAACAAUAACAACACACUCAAGACAUUAAGAAAUGGUGAGAUAGAGAGCGAUGCA